AUGGGGAUCGGGAGUUAUUUCAAGGCUGAGAAGCCCCAGGCGAAGCCAGCAGCGGCCGUGCCGGCCUCACCAAAACGAAACAAUGCGAGACAUCAGCAGCAACCCUCCGGGUCGGAGAACCCAGCACUAUCGCUCCGGCCAGAUUCCGAGCUUCAUCCCCCAACACCCAGGUACAGCUCUCGGCCCCAGUCCAUCUCCGGGCGGUCGGUGAGGUCGACAGGAAGCUCCGUCCUUGACGACAUCAAGCAUGAGGUUAUGGUGAACUAUCUCUAUCAGCAGCAAUGUUCGCACCUGUGGGUGUCGGAUGGCAGCGGUGAGAUCGAGGGUGUUCUUCUGCGGAAAACCAGAGGACAGUACAUGGCCUGCCCGCCGCAGCUCGGCAACUCACCCUUUGCGCUAGCUUGCGCCGCACUCAAUGUCCAGUGCGCCAUGACAGUCAACUCAAGAGUUAUCAAAACCUUCCUGCAAUGGUCGCCAGACGCCGUCGACGUGCCCUUGAUGAACGGCCUUCGCGUGCAGAUUCUCCCCACCAUCGACGACCUCCCGCGCGCACGCAAACACCAAUUUGCCGCCUUUGUCGCUUCCGAGGGUCUUUUGGUCGUGUGGGACGACGAUGCGCUGCAUCUCGUGCAAAGAGCCAAGGCCAUCGAGUCGGAGCUGAUGGAGCUGGUGUGGAAGGCUGGCGGCGAGGACGACGAGGAUGAGAAGGGAGGGCCGAUCGUCACAGAACCCGAGGUUGACGAAGAGAGCGGCGAGUUGAAGCCAGAAAAGAGGCCGGUCCACAUGCUGAACACUUACCUCGUCAGCUUGACCCUCAUUCUCGUCACCGUCUCCCUUGGCGCCGCUUUCCGACAGCUAGCUAUCGAGGUUUCAGUCGACGGCAGCUAUCUGCGCCUCGCCCUCGUGGCCUUGUUUCCGGUUCAGAUCUUCUUCACCCUCUUCUUCGCCCAGGUCAUCUUCGGUUGCUUGGCCCAGAUCUUUGGUCCAAUUCGCCAGCUCACCAUCAACUCCAAGUUCUACUCUGCUCGCCCCCCACCGAGAUUACGCACUUCCGUUCUGCCGCACGUUACCGUUCAAUGUCCUGUGUAUAAGGAAGGUCUCGGUGGUGUCAUUGCUCCCACCGUCAAGUCUAUCAAGCAGGCCAUGUCCACGUACGAGCUGCAAGGAGGGUCGGCCAACAUGUUUAUUAAUGAUGAUGGUCUGCAACUCAUUUCGGAAGAGGACCGCAGGGCCCGUAUCGAGUUUUAUGCCGACCACAGCAUCGGCUGGGUUGCCCGUCCGAAGCACGGCGAAAACGGCUUCUUGCGCCGCGGCAAGUUCAAGAAGGCUUCCAACAUGAACUUUGCCCUCAUGAUUUCCUGCAAGGUCGAGGAAAAACUGGCCGCCAUCCAGCGCACUCCCGACUGGUCGCAGCACGAUGAGGCGCAGGCGUACGAGCAGGCCCUGAAGGAGGUUCUCGAGGAGGAUGGCCGUGCCUGGGCCGAUGGCAACAUCCGCGUUGGUGACUACAUUUUGCUUAUCGACUCCGACACCCGUGUUCCCGCCGACUGCCUUCUGGAUGCUGUCUCCGAGAUGGAACUCUCUCCCGAUGUCGGCAUCAUGCAGUUCUCGUCAGGUGUCAUGCAGGUUGUCCACACCUACUUCGAAAACGGUAUCACCUUCUUCACCAACCUCAUCUACAGCGCCAUCCGAUACACCGUCUCCAACGGCGACGUCGCCCCCUUCGUCGGUCACAACGCCAUCCUUCGCUGGUCUGCUAUUCAAGAGGUCUCUUACGAGGACGAGGACGGCUACGAGAAGUUCUGGUCGGAAAGCCACGUGUCGGAGGACUUCGACAUGUCCCUACGUCUACAAUGCAGCGGCUACAUCAUCCGCCUGGCCGCCUGGGCCGGCGACGGGUUCAAGGAGGGCGUCUCUCUCACUGUGUACGACGAGCUGGCCCGUUGGGAGAAGUACGCCUACGGCUGCAACGAGUUGCUCUUCCACCCGAUGCGCAAGUGGAUCUACAGGGGUCCCUUCACCCCCCUCUUCCGCCGCUUCCUCUUCUCCAACAUCCGCUUCACGUCCAAGAUCACGGUUGUGUCUUACAUCGGGACUUACUACGCGAUUGGUGCGGCUUGGAUUAUGACCAGCGUCAACUACUUCAUCAUGGGCUGGUUCAACGGCUACCUUGACAAGUACUACGUCGACUCGUGGCAGGUGUGGUUCUCCAUCAUCAUUGUGUUCAACGGGCUCGGCAACAUCGCCCUGGCCGUCAUGCGCUACCGAGUCGGCGAACGCAACCUACUGUAUGCCCUGUACGAGAACUUCAAGUGGACCUUUCUGCUGGCCAUCUUCCUUGGUGGUCUGUCACUGCACGUCUCGCAGGCGCUACUGGCGCACAUGUUCGAGAUUGACAUGACAUGGGGCGCCACCUCCAAGGAAGCCGAGUUUUCGAACUUCUUCAUCGAAGUGCCUAAGGUGUUGAAGAAAUUUAAAUUCUCCAUGAUCUUCGCCUCGCUCUUUAUCGCCGGCAUGGUCAUCCUUGCUGUCGCCCCCUUCAUCCCCUACAGUUGGCACAUCACCGACUUUGUCGCCAUCCUACCCAUGGCCACCGUGGCCGGCUCGCAUCUACUCCUGCCCUUGGCCCUCAACCCGGCGCUGAUGACCUUCUCGUGGUAG